AUGCUGGUAAACCAUCCAACAAUUGAGGAAAGUUAUCAAGAAAUUGAAGAUGAAGAGGAGGAAAAUGAAGAAGAGGAUGAAUUUAAUAUCGAUGAGAAUUCUGGCAAUUUUAGUGGAGGUCAAAGAAAUGAGGGAGGAAAUUUAAUAUUUGAACAGGAAGAGGAAUAUAAUGAGGAUAAUGAAGAAAAUAAUAUUGUGGAGGAGAGCGAUUUGGUAAAUAAUACUAAUGAGGAAGAAAAUGGGUGGGAACUUGUUGAGGAUGAAAAUUAUAUUAGCGAAGGAGAAAAUUCGACAUUUACUGAUGAUGAAGAACAACAAACUCCAACAACUUCAAACAAUAACAAAACACAAUUAACGGUUAAAAAUAAUGAAAAGAAAAAUUUCUGUACGCUUUGCAAUAUGCAAUUUUCUUCUCCAAGAGGAUUAAGCAUACAUAAUGGGAAAAACAAAAGGCACAAGGAUUUGUUAUUAACAACAAGUCGAAUGGCCAAUUUAAUGGUUAGUGAUGCUAGUAAUAACACUCCCAACAAUAACACCACCAACAACAACAAUAUUAAUAAUACUUCAAAUUUAUUUUUAUGUGAUUCCCCGGGAUGCAAGUCUAUUUUUGAAUCUCCAGAUAAACUUAAAAUACAUCAAAGAAAACAACACACACAAAGAAAUUAUAUUUGCCAAGUUUGUCAAAAGUCUUACAUAAAUGAGGGAUGGUUAAAGAAGCAUAAGAAUGAAAAGGGACAUUGA